AUGUCUGGCGGAGGUCUGGUGUGGACACAGGGCGCAUACAGCGACCUCCGGCGGAGCUUCAAUCUUGUCCGCGAGGCCAAGAGCGAGACCAUCGGCCUCUCGGAGCUCUCCGAGCUGGCAGCGGCCUUUGGCGCGAGCGUGAGUCCGACCGAUCUGGCCGAUUUCUUGGCGUUUAUGCAGGGCAAGGCGAUGGCCAACAGCGCGGCGGACGAGCUCGACUCGGCGUUUGCGGUCUUCUCCAAGGCUGCGAGCGGGGAUGCAGGCGGGGCGGCGGCGCUGGGUCCGUUUGCCGGCGAUGGUUCGCGGAGCGAGGUCGUGGAUCUUGCGCAGAUGGAGUCGGUGUUGACGCGCCUGGGCGGAGCGCGGCAGCUAAGACGCGACGAGGUUAGCGACUUUGCGGCAGCAGCGCGGGCGUGCGGCGGCGAGCUCUUCUCAUACCGCAACAUGGUGACGCUGAUGAUGACCGGCGUGCUCUCGCGCGAGCACGUGCGCCGGGAAACCAGCCAGAGACAUGUCCACGCCCGGGCGAUCGGCUACGGCGGGGCGGAAGCCGGCGCGUAA